UCAAAUAUUGAUGGCAUUUUAUAAUGGAAUGUUUUGUACGUCCAUGAGUGGAAUUUAGUGGAAUUUAGAGAUCAUUUUAGUGUUAUAUAUAAGCGGCUAUGGAGACAUUCACCUUGCACGAUAUGCUCAUAAAUUCCACUGAUAUUUACAAACUAUUAUGCGGCCUUGGAAUAAAGAACGAUUCCGACUGCUAUGGUGAAGUGGACUUGCAACCGGAGCUGAAAGAUGCAAACCAGACGGUGCGGAUCGUGCUAUACAGUGUGAUCUUCCUCCUGAGUGUGCUGGGCAACACCUUGAUCAUCACUGUGCUGGUGCGAAACCAGCGCAUGCGAACUGUUACCAACCUGUUCCUCCUGUCACUGGCUGCCAGCGACCUCAUGCUCUGCAUCUUCUGCAUGCCCUUCACUCUCAUUCCCAACGUCAUGCGCAACUUCGUCUUCGGCAGUGGCAUGUGCAAGGUGGCCAUGUACUUCAUGGGCAUCUCAGUGACCGUGUCUACUUUCAAUCUGGUGGCUAUCUCACUGGAGCGCUACAGCGCCAUCUGCAAUCCACUCAGCUCUAGGACUUGGCAGACCAAGUCCCAUGCCGCCAAGGUCAUCUCUUCCACCUGGGUUCUCUCCUUCCUGCUCAUGCUGCCUUACCCUAUCUUCAGCACCCUGGUACCUCUUAGACAUGACAACAACAGCACAGGAAACAUGUGCCGGCUCGUAUGGCCCAGCGACGUGAUUCAGCAGUCCUGGUAUGUGCUCCUUCUGCUGCUCCUCUUCCUGGUUCCAGGCAUAGUCAUGAUGACAGCCUAUGGGCUCAUUUCCCUGGAACUUUACAGGGGAAUUAAAUUUGAGACUAUGAACAGGAAAAGCAAUAGAGAGAGACAGGCUGCCAUAGGAAGCCUGAAGCCCAAUGAUGGAGACGGCUGCUACUUACAGCCCUUUAAGAAGGAUCAACUGCAUUUGCAGCAAUCAAGACAACCCAACCCCCAGGGGGUGGUCACAUCUGACAGCAACAAGCCCCAGCUUAGCCGUGUGUGUAGUAACAGCUCCACAGCCAACUUAAUGGCCAAGAAGAGGGUUAUCCGUAUGCUCAUUGUAAUCGUUAGCCUCUUUUUCCUUUGCUGGACUCCGGUUUUUACUGCCAAUGCCUGGCGGGCUUUUCACCAGCACUCUGCCAUCCAGCUACUGUCAGGAGCUCCCAUAUCCUUCAUCCACUUGCUGUCCUACACCUCUGCUUGUGUCAACCCCAUCAUUUACUGCUUCAUGAACAAGCGCUUCCGCCUGGGCGUCCUUGCCACCUUCAGUUGCCGUGACCGCCUCCCACCUGGACACCUUAACCAUGGGCCCACCACAAUCCGAGAGACGGAUGAUAAUGGCACCUUCACACGCUUCACAUACAGUAGCAUACGUGGUUCUGCCCAGGCAUAAUGAGUAGUCCCACUCCCGGCACCACAAGACUGGGGGAGGCAAUGGGGAAUUUAUAGCACUGCUGACUGGAAUGUUAGCAAGAAAAUUUGUAUGUGCUUAAGAAAAAAUGUGAACCCACCACAGCCAAGACAUACAGAUCUGUUAACUGGGCAACUGGUACUAGGACUGAAGGAAUGCUGAUUAUGUGUGGGUCACUUUGGGAUCUCCACCAUGCCCUUUAUCUGAAACCAAUUGGGUAUUUGUCAAAUAAUAAUAUAACAAAUAAUAGAAAAUUGAUCAUAAAUGGGUGGUAUGCUGGUGCAGUGGUUAGCACUAUUACCUCAGACCUUUGGGACCAGGGUUUGAGUCUCUACUCCAUGUGUGUGGAGUUUGUAUGUUCUCCCCAUGUCAUCAUGGGGUUCCCUCUGGGUACUC